AUGGUGCGCCUUAAAAGUCGGUAUAUUUUGUUUGAAGUACUUUAUCCAACCGCACCUCAAGAGAAUAGCUCAUCAGAACGUUCGUCACGGAGAGAGAUCCUUUUAAGACAUCACCAGGCUAGUUCAGCACAAAUCAGUACGAAAACAAUAAUACAAGAGCUGCGAAAAGUCCUGCAAUACAACUUCGGUGACUAUGGAGUUGGGAAAGUGAACUCUUUGCUUCAAAUGAAGUACUUUUCCAAUCGAACUUCGACUGGGAUAAUACGAUGCAGUCGGGAAGACUACGAACUGGUAGUAGUAGCUUUGACACUAAUCAACAAGAUUGAAGGCAUUGAAGAGAUCAUUUUGAAUGCAGUAAAAGUAAGUGGUACCAUCAAGCGGAUCGAGCAACAUGCCAUGAGACGUAGCGAAAGGCUACUAGCUGUAUUUCAAAACAGCAGAGAGAGUGAACACUUCGAUAGCGUGAGCGAAGAUGACGCUCGGGAUUAA